AUCAAAACCUAUCACAGACUAAAUCCAAAUUUUAUUCUCCUCUUCUCGUCUCUAAUUCAGAUCGGCCCCCUCAAAGCCUCCACCACCCGCCCCAACAAACUGUCUUCUUCACGCCGCUGCUGCUGCCGUCCACGCCGCCUCACGCCGGCUCACGCCGCUGCUGCUGCCGUCCACGCCGCCUCACGCCGGCUCACGCCGCUGCUGCUGCUGUCGUCGCCCGUGCUGCUGCCGCCGUCGCCAUUGCCGCUGCUUCCGUCGCCGCCGUUGCCGCUGCCGCUGCUGCCGUCGUUGUCAGGAGUUAGAAAUAGGAAGGUGCAAUGUAUGCAAAGAGAAUCAACAGUAGAAAUCAGAGAUGGGGUUCAGUCUUUCUGCCCCACAAACAUUGGACCAGGGCAAACUGCCAGGAUCAUGCUUGUUAUCGACCUUUUAGCCACACAGCUAAAGUGGGAGCCCACCCGUCAAAUGUUACUUUCAUCAAAAGAUGCUUAGUAGAUUCACUUUCGUCACAAGGCAUUGGUAGUGGAAUUUAUUUUUCCGGCAUUGGGAGGCCUAUUGCAUAUUUGAAUAAUAGUCAAUUACGAUCGUUUAGUUCAGAAGGUGAUGGUAGGAAUACCAGUGAAGAUAAACAAGCAUCUGUUAAAGAUGCGGAUAAUGGAAAGACUGGGCGCCAAGUGGCAAAAGAAGAGGCAGUUCAAUCUGAUACACAUGCUCAACUUGCGGAACAAGAUCAAAAGGAAUGGCUGAAGAAUGAGAAGCUUGCAAUAGAAAGUAAAAAGAAGGAAUCCCCAUUUUUAACCAGACGUGAAAGGUUUAAAAAUGAUAUUUUGCGAAGGAUUGUUCCAUGGGAUAGAAUACAUGUUUCUUGGGAAACUUUUCCAUAUUACAUUAAUGAGCAUACCAAAAGUGUUUUGGUGGAAUGUGUCGCUUCCCAUAUAAAACACAAGAAAUUUACUGCUGCUUAUGGGGCUCGUUUGAGGUCUUCAAGUGGGAGAAUAUUGCUACAGAGUAUUCCAGGUACCGAGCUUUAUAGGGAGAGAAUAGUCAAAGCACUUGCACGAGAUCUGCACGUUCCCUUACUGGUUCUUGAUAGCAGUGUUCUUGCUCCUUAUGAUUUUGGUGAUGAUUGCUCAUCCGAGUGUGAAUCAGAUGAUAACUCAGAAUCUGGGGAAGAGUGUGCCUCAGAGUCAGAAAUCGAGGAUGCGAAUGAUGCAGGUAAUGAAGAGGAAUGGACAAGCAGUGCUGAGGCUAAAUCAGACUGCAGUGAUGAUGAUGUAGUUGAUGUGCAGGCAACUGCUGAAGCAGCCCUUAAGAAGCUGAUUCCCUACAACCUUGAAGAAUUUGAGAAGAGAAUAUCUGGAGAAUCUGACAGUUCCCCAGAAACUUCCAAGUCUGAGGCUGCUGAGCCUUCUGAUACUUCCAAACGGCCACUUAAGAAAGGGGAUCGGGUGAAGUAUGUUGGACCAUCUAUACGCAUUGAAGCUGAUGAUAGGAUCAUAUUGGGCAAGAUACCAACACUUGAUGGUCUGAAAAAUGCUUAUACCAUUGUCCGUGGCAGGCCUUUAUCGAGUGGUCAACGUGGGGAGAUAUAUGAGGUGAAUGGAGAUCGAGUUGCCGUUAUUUUGGAUAUUACGAGUGAUAAGAAAGAAAAUGGAGAGAAAGAUGACAAGCUUAAAGAGCAGUCAGCAAAACCACCUGUUUAUUGGAUAGAUGUUAAGGACAUUGAGCAUGAUCCUGACACAGAGGCAGAAGAGUGCUACAUUGCGAUGGAGGCGUUAUGUGAGGUUUUGCAUUUUACGCAACCUCUUAUUGUCUAUUUUCAAGAUUCUUCUCUGUGGUUGUCUAGGGCAGUUCCUAAGUCGAAUCGCAGGGAUUUUAUUCAGAAGGUCCACAAAAUGUUUGACCAAAUAUCAGGUCCUGUUGUGUUGAUAUGUGGCCAGAACAAAGUUGAAACAGGUUCAAAGGAGAAAGAGAAUCUUACGAUGAUACUCCCAAGUUUUGGACGUCUGGCUAAGCUGCCUCUCUCUUUGAAAAACCUUACUGAGGGACUCCGGGUGACAAAGCGAUCGGAUGAUAAUCAAAUAAAUAAGCUCUUCACCAAUAUUUUGUCCAUUCAUGCCCCAAAGGAAGAAGAUCUUCUUAAAACAUUCAACAAACAGAUUGAAGAGGACAGGAGAAUUGUAAUAUCAAGGAGCAAUUUGAAUGAACUAUACAAGGUACUUGAAGACAAUGAGAUGUCCUGCGUGGACUUAUUGCACCUAAAUACAGAUGGUGUAAUACUGACAAAGCAGAAAGCUGAAAAAGUUAUCGGUUGGGCUAUGAAUCAUUACUUGGCAUCUUGCCUGCGCCCAUCCAUAAAAGGAGAAAAAUUGAUUUUGCCUCGUGAAAGCCUUGAAAUUGGGAUUAUGAGGUUGAAGGAACAAGAAACCAUAUCCCAAAAGCCGUCAUUGAAUUUGAAGAACCUUGCGAAAGAUGAGUAUGAAAGCAACUUUGUUUCAGCAGUUGUACCUCCUGGUGAAAUUGGUGUCAAGUUUGAUGAUAUAGGCGCUCUUGAAGAUGUGAAGAAGGCGUUGCAUGAACUUGUCAUUCUUCCAAUGCGUAGACCAGAACUUUUUUCUCGUGGAAAUUUAUUGCGGCCCUGCAAAGGAAUUUUGCUUUUUGGCCCUCCUGGGACUGGGAAAACUCUUCUGGCCAAAGCACUUGCAACAGAGGCUGGUGCAAACUUUAUCAGCAUAACUGGUUCGACUCUUACGUCAAAGUGGUUUGGAGAUGCUGAAAAGCUUACAAAGGCCUUAUUUUCCUUUGCUAGCAAACUGGCUCCUGUCAUUAUAUUUGUUGAUGAGGUUGACAGUUUGCUUGGUGCCCGUGGUGGUGCUUCAGAGCAUGAGGCUACUAGAAGAAUGAGAAAUGAAUUUAUGGCCGCAUGGGAUGGAUUGAGGACAAAAGAGAGCCAAAGAAUUCUCAUACUUGGUGCCACAAAUCGUCCAUUUGAUCUUGAUGAUGCUGUGAUACGUCGCUUACCAAGAAGAAUAUAUGUGGACCUACCGGAUGCUGAAAACCGUAUGAAGAUCCUGAAAAUUUUUCUUGCCCAUGAGAAUUUAGAAACUGGUUUCCAGUUUGACAAACUUGCAAAUGCAACUGAGGGAUAUUCUGGUAGUGAUUUGAAGAACCUCUGUAUUGCUGCAGCAUAUAGACCAGUCCAGGAACUUCUGGAAGAAGAAAAGGUCCACAGUGAUAAGGAUAGUGUAUCUCAAACUAUAAGGCCACUUAAUUUGGAUGACUUUAUUCAGUCAAAAGCUAAGGUUGGUCCAUCAGUUGCCUUCGAUGCUUCAAGCAUGAAUGAGCUUAGGAAAUGGAAUGAACAAUAUGGAGAAUCUGGAAGCAGGAGAAAAUCACCCUUUGGCUUCUGAAACUAAUGGGAUGAAGUAGCUUUUGUCAAAUAUUUAAUCCUUUGAGGAAAGAACCAAGGAAAGAAAGAGACCAUGCUUCAGGGCCAGUUGCAGUGAAUUCAUUUGAAGAAGCCGCCAGUUUUCAACAGGCGAAGGAGGCAGUGCCAGAUGGUCCUGUAGGCUAAUGCCAUCCAUGUAGAUUAGCUGUAUUAACGAACCAUAAAAGUGAGCAUCACCAAUUUUGAACAGCCUCAUCCAGAAAUUUUUAUUCUUAAUAAACUGAUCAGUAAUUUUAUUUUUGA